AUGACGAUAUUGGGGAUGUGGACGGACUACAAAGAAAAGCUUGCUGGGCGUCCAGUAAGGAUGAUAAGUGACAAUGCAUACCUAAUAAUACUUCUAGACCUUCUCCCUCUCAAUUUGAUGUCAGCAGUCGUGUUCUUCAGCUGCUCAUGGAAAUAUCAGCGGUUCCUAAAUGUCCUUGACAUUCUGAAGAAGGUUGACCGACGUCUUCAGCAGGACGUAUCAGACCAGAAGGCAAAAGUAAAAGUAAUUUUCAUCUGCAUUGUCAUUGUAUUGCUCAUAGUGAGUAACAGUGUGUUGGCAUACAUAUCGCCACUAAGGGAAGGCAAUAUCACAUCGCUUUGCUACACACCUACACAUAUCAUGUACUUUGCUCAAGCUGCUCUAUUCCUCCACUUUACACAAGUUGCUCAAAGUGUUGCCGCAAGGUUUAGGACCAUAAACGGUAGUAUAAAAAAGGAAUUGGUCAGGAACAGACAUGAACAAUUAAUCGGACGAUUUGCUCCAAGGGUCAGUGCCUCUCAAAGUACCAGAGACCUCUCUUCCACCUACAAAGUCAAGUCCCUCAUGGACUCCUACUGGCUUUUGUGUGAAGCGGUUCAACAAGCCAAUAUCUUCUACGGAGAUCAGCUGAUAGCCACUUUCCUCAGUUCAUUUUUUCAUGUCACAACCACUCUUUACUAUUUCUUCUUCUUAAUAAUUAACGGUUUAACUAUGGUUGCCAUUGUCGACGGAGCUUGGAUUGUCGUCCAUGUUGCCCACUUGGUUCUGUUGACCCGUCCAAGCACAAUAAUGACACAGCUGGCCGAUGAGACGGCAUCUGUGAUCUGCAAGUUGAUGAACAUGAAUUUGGACCCACCUCUGGUGGAAUUGCUUGAAGAGGCUUUACUGCUACUGAGGAAACAUAACGCGAGAUUUUCAGCUCUUGGAUUUUUCCCCAUUCACAAUUCUACCUUGACUGGCAUGGCAGGAGCCAUAACCACUUAUGUGGUUGUAUUGAUCCAGUUUCACGCUUUAAAAGACUAA